UGUCCACGAUCCUGAUUAGAGAGUGACUGCAGAGCUGACAGGAUAGAAGAGGACAGACAACCAUCGGAGGUGAGACAUCUCGAGGCAAACAUGGCAGGGUUCCCCCAUCAACAGGUGCUGCUGCUAAUGCUCCUGACACUGGCCAUGUUGUUGAUGAGCAGUGAAUCAGCUCAAUCAAAAAAGAGGAAGAAGAGAGAAUGGAUCAUCCCUCCAUCCAAACUGAAGGAAAACACAGACUAUACAGACAAGGAGUACAUUGCAAAGAUCCGCUCUGAUAAGGACAAAGAUUCAAAGGUGGAGUACUUCCUGACUGGAGCCGGCGCAGACAGACCUCCAUUUAACUUGUUUGUGGUGGACCAUGAGACCGGCUUUGUGCGGAUCACUGCUAAGUUGGACCGGGAAAAGUUCCCCUCCUACAACCUGACAGGGAUGGCUAAGUUUGUGAAUGGCAGCAUUGCCGAGGAUGACAUACCACUCACAGUCACGGUCCUGGAUGAAAACGACAACCAUCCGUAUUUUGAGCUACACACGGGAAACAUCUCAGAAGCUAGUGAAAAGGGGACAUUGGUUAUGAAAGUUCAGGGUAAAGAUGAUGAUGAGCCGGGGACCAUAAACUCCGAACUGCACUACUCCAUUAUCAGCCAGAAGCCAGAAGGGGAGCUCAUGUUCACCAUCGAUGAGAAGACUGGGGAACUGAGAGUCAAAGAGCCCACACUGGAUAGAGAGACCUAUGAAUUUUACAAGCUGGUGAUCCAGGUCAGGGACAUGGGAGGGGGUCCAGAUGGACUCACAGGCACUGGCACAGUGGAGAUCAAGAUCCUAGACAUCAAUGACAACGUCCCCACUCUGGAGAAGUCUGGGUAUACCGGGUCGGUGGAUGAGAACGUCCAGGAUGUGGAGGUGAUGAGGAUUAAAGCCAAAGACCUGGACCUGGAGCACACUGACAACUGGCUUGCAGUCUUCCACAUUGUCAAGGGUAAUGAGGACAAACUCUUCUCCAUAGAAACUGACAAGGAGACCAAUGAAGGCAUCCUCAAACUCAUCAAGCCUGUGGAUUUUGAAGAAGUCCAGAAUCUGGAUUUGGAUCUGCUGAUUGAGAAUGUGGCUCCGUUUGUAGUAGGAAGUGCUGUCCUGAUGGAUGUGGAUGUGAAGGUCGGAGAGGGCGGUGGGGCCGGCGUGGGUGCAGGACUUGGAGCGGACCUGGGUCUAGACAUGGGUGUCGGAAUGGACUUAGGGUUAGACAUGGGACUACAUGCUGGAGUAGAUGCCGGGUUAGAUGCUGACUUGGGCGCCGACUUGGAAGCCGACCUGGAUGCGGACUUGGAUGCUGAGCUUGACCCCGAUCUGGGUGUAGAUCUGGGGUUAGAUGUUGGACCUCACCCGGAGCUUGGGGUUGUUCUUCAUCCUGGAGGAAAACCAGGACCAGGAGGAGGACCAGCAGCAGGGCCAGCAGGCGGAGCAGCUGGACCAGGCCUCGGAGCAGGUGUUGGUGUCGGACUGCAUCCUGAAGGUCAUUUGGGACCUUUAGGACCUGGCAAGAAACCAAGGCCAAAGAAAAAAAGACCUAAGAAGAAACCAAGCUAUCCCAUCCACAUUUCAGUAAACAAUAUGCCAGAGGGACCAGAGUUUGUGCCGGAGACCAAAGAUGUGCCAGUUUCAGAGGAUCCUGAUAAAAGCAUAGACGAUGUUAUCACAACAUACGCUGCCAUUGAUCCUGACACUGGAGAGAUUGCAGAAGAUGUCAAUUACGCCAAAGCUUUUGAUCCAGACAACUGGAUUACUAUAGACGAAGAUACAGCAGAGAUACGACUAAACAAAGUUCCGGACCGAGAGUCGCCAUUCGUGAUCAACGGCACAUACAUUGCCAAGAUCCUGGCCAUCACAAAAGACAUGCCUUCAAAGACUGCAACAGGAACUAUAGCAAUUAAAGUAACAGAUUCCAAUGAUCAUUGUCCCAAACUCGACACAGUGUCCGAGUCCAUUUGCGCUGACGCAAAGACUGUCUAUGUUUCUGCAACUGAUGGUGACGUGGACCCCAAUGGACCUCCCUUCACCUUCCAAAUUGUCACUGAAAACACACGCGGCCUGUGGGAGGUGGAAAUCUUAUCUGAUACCACGGCAGCCAUCCACUCUCAGGAGACGCUUUGGCGCGGUGCAUAUGGGAUCGAGGUGGCUGUUUAUGAUGCUAAGGGCAAGGCUUGUCCUACUCCAGAGGUCUUCACUGUGGAUGUGUGUGACUGCGAGGGCACAGACUAUGCUGACUGUUCCGUCAAAGCAGCCACAAGCGACAACCGCUCUAUGGAGUUUGCUGGUCCUGCCAUUUCCCUCAUGAUCGUUGCUGUUUGUAUGCUGCUCUUUGUCCCUUGUCUGCUGGUCUUCUGUCAGUUUGGAGGGCCUCUCUCCGCUGACAGAUUUAGUGAACUGCCAUUCGAUGCAAAGGAGUAUCUCAUUGCCUAUCACACAGAAGGCAAAGGAGAAGAUAAGGAGAUGCCACUUUUCAGCAGUCCAGUAAUGAUGGGCACCCAAGCAAAAGUUGAGGGAGGAACCGCUUUUCUGGGUGGUAUGACCAAUGAAACCAAAGAGGUCAUAACAACAGAGUAUGAAGAGUCCUUUUUGGCAAAUGGUGGCAGCAAAGUUAUGCUGGAAGGAGACAAUAACUACAACACCUACCGAGAGAGAUACUUUCAAGGCCUCAGAGGGAGGACAGUGUAUGAUCAACAGACUGCACUGUUUGAGAACAUAGCCCUCCCUGAUGUUUUCCUGGAAGAGUACUAUACACAGAAAUCUGCCCAGACUGUUGCUGGAAAGGACGCCCUGUUGGUGUAUGAUGAUGAAAGUCAGGCCUCUCCUGCUGGGUCGGUGGGAUGCUGUAGCCUCCUGGAGUCCGACAAUGACCUACAGUUCCUUGAUGAUUUGGGACCAAAGUUCAAAAUCCUUGCGGACAUCUGCUUACCAACACCAUUUCCUCACCCAACCUCGACAUACAAGAUUACAGGUCCUGUCAAGACAGAAAUUACAAAGACAAAUGUUGAACCUGUCGUCAUUCCCAAAGUUGAGAAGAUUACUGAUAAACAUAUAGAUGUGAAAACAGAAAAGGUGAUGUCCUCUACUAAUGUCUCAAAGUCAAGUGUUAGCAAUGUUAGCUCUGCUAGCCCACCAUUGCAACCUCCAAUGACACUUCUACGCUCACAGUUGACAAACAUAACAUCCAACAUCAACCAGAUAUCUAACAUAAGUAGUUUAUCUAACGCUAGCCACCUGGCUACUCUACCUCGUCCUCCAACUAUAGUAGUGCAACAGCCGCAACUUUUCUAUGCCACUAGCCCUAUUCCAAUGCAAAUGCCUGUACAAUACAUAAUGCAGCCACCAGUGCAGAAUACCGUCCUGGUGGCAGAGGGUGGAACUGACCCAAAACUGCCUGGUUAUAUUGUAGUGGGUGGUCCACAGAUCACUGGUCAGACAGGCAGAGUGACGCAGUCAACCACUCAUAUCAUUAAGAGUCCAGGGGUCAGUGGAGGCUUUACAAGUGGUUCUCUUACCUCUGCAAGUCCACUUAGCCCUUCAGCAUUUUUCCCCAGAAGUCCUAACAGUGCAACAACCAGCCCUACAAGCUCGACCAUUUUGCUUCCAGGGAGCCCAGGUUCCCCUGGCAUGGUUGGAAUGGAGGGCUGGAAGAUAGUUGGGCCAAACCCUGAAGGCCACUAUAUGUUGGUCAAGGAUAAAUCUACCCUAAGUGAGACAGGUAGUUGUAGCCUAGGCUCGCCUGAGGGUACUUCACCCAAAGGUGUUGUCCUGAAGAAAGAGGCUGCUCCUCCUCAGGGGGUCCUAGGCCAUGCAGCCCAUUCUGGUGUCAUCGGUGUGAUGUCGGAAGCAACAGUGAAUAAACCAUUGGGGGGGGCUUUGGUGGUGCAGCCACAGCAUGUAGGACUAUCAUCAGUAAGAGUUUUGGGGGUGGGUGUUGAGGUAACUCAGAAUACAGGGAUAAAGAUCUCUCAAAGUAGUGCUCCAUUGGUACAAACACAAGCAGCAAAACCUAAAGAAUCAAAACAAGACAGAGGUGAACAAAGCUUUUCAAAGACAUUAAUAAAAAAGGGCAAAAUGGUUCCCAAGAAGUUACAUAUCAACAAAACACAAACAGAAGUUGUAAAAGAUGACAACAUUCUGAAUACAGUACCUAAACCACAUGUACAUCUUAUGUCACCUGCCCCUCCACUUGAAACUAUUAAAGAAAUAACAGCUGAUCCUCUUAUUGUGCAGUCAAUACAGAUACACGGGCCACAAAUGUUACUUCCAACCACUGAAAAUUCAGAAUUCUCAGAAGAACAAGAAGGAAGCCCAAAUAUAGUUGAUGUAGUUGAACCUGCAAUUGCAACUGAAACUUUAAAUUCUUCAACUACAUUAACUACAUUUGGGCUUCCUUUAUCUAACAAUGUUACUGGCCUAGAAGACACCAUUUCAACUAGUCAAGAUGUUGACAAUUCAAUUGAGUCAGCUACAGACAUUGGACCUCCAAAUGAUGACUCAGCAGAACCUAAAAAUGACCAAAAAUAUGAAGAUUUGGGUGAAGAUAUUUCCAAUCAUGCAAUUUCUGAACUUAUUGAAGACAUGGCCAAAGAAGUGGAAGAACAAACUACUUCACUGAACCAAAAUAUUGAGAUCUCAACUCAAGAAGACAUGAAAGAAGAGCAAAUGCAUCAAGAUGAAGAUAAGGAAGCAAUUGGUGAGGUUCAGGAGAAUGAUGCAGAAGUUGUUUUUGAAGAAAGUCAAAUGAACAAACCUAACCUUGAUAUUACUGCAACUUUGGAGGAAGACACUUCUUCAUUGGGCAAAAAUACUGAUAUCUCAACUAAUCAAGAAGAGGAGGGUGCAGUUGGAACAGUAUCUCCCACAGACAAGGAAGAAAAUAAAUUACUUCAAGAUGAAGAUAAGGAAAAAAUUCAUGAGAUUCAGGAAAAAGAUCCAGAAGUUGUUGAAGAAAGUCAAAUGGACAAUCCUAACCUUGAGGAUGCAAACAUAAAUGACCAGGAGGUAGAAGAACCAGCUGAAAUUGAAGUUGAAGAGCAAAUUCCUUCAAAACCUGAAGAAAUGGAAGGAUAUCUUAUAUCUUUGCACACUGAAAAUCCUUGUCAAGAAAGCAAUGCCAACCAAGAAUUUGAAACCGAAGUUGAACAAAAUACAAAAAUUGUUGCGGAUAAAGAGGGAUCUCUGGGAAAAGAGUUGAAGGAAAGUAUAGAGAGCCUACCAGUGGAAGAUUUAGCUGUAAAAACUGUCCACAAACAACAUGAACCUUCGACAAAUAAAAUGUAUACAAAGGAAAUUCAUGACAACCAAGAUCUUGACGCCUCUGAAAACUUGGCAGAAGGAACUGAAAUUGAAAAAUGUCCAAUAGUUGAUGAAUAUGAACAACCUGAAAGCAUAGAAACAUCAGUAAGCAGAAAGUCAACACUGGAGAAGUUGAUUCCUGAAACCAUGGUGGAGGAAAAUGAAGCUGAUUUAGAGUUUGAUCAGGAGCAUAAUAAGUUGUCAGAGGACAAUAAAAAAGAAGAACCAACUGUCAAGGGUCAAGAUUGCAAUUACGAUGUAAACACUGACCCCAUUACAGAUGCUGAACAGGAGGAUAUGGAUAUCCAACAACCUGAACAAGCUAUGGAAGAUAUGGUGCCUUGUGAAGAGCAAACAAGCCAACAAAAAGAUCAAUACAUAACAACUGAUGAGGAGCAAGAGACAUCCACACAUGAAGAUCUAGAUCACACAAAUGUUGAAGUAGAUAACCACGAUGACCAAAUCACAUCAGCAAGGAGUAUGCCAGUAAAAGAACUUGAUAACGAAAAGGAAGAAGAGAUAUCAGCAGAAAUUCUUCCAGAUGAUUCUAGUGCAGAAGCUACAGAUGAACAGCAAGAAUCUGAGCAAGAUCAAGACCUUACUGAAAGUCAAAUAGAACAGCCAACAAGAGAUACUAUAGAGGAAAGUCAACAACUUGAUUUGGAGAUAAAGGAAGAAAAUAAUUCAGACUUAGGAAAUGAUUUGACCAAAAUCAUUCCAAUUCAAGUGUACAACCAGAUAAAGUAGAUGUUCCUACUGAAGAGACAGAAGACAAUAAAUUUGAUGAGGAAGAACUAAGGGAUGAGGUAGCAAUCUUGGAGGAAGUGGUGCCUUCUAAACAGGAAGAAGUUGACAAUGAUUGCACAGAUGAGAAAAUUGAUUCAUUGUUGGAUCAAGAUCAUGGAACAUCAGAAGAGGAUGAUGAUGAUGAUGAUUCAGAGCCACUGAUGGAGGAUCAAGAUUGCAAUUUGAAAGAUUCAGAAGUUUUAAACCCUGAACACGUUACAGUCAUUGAAGAGAACAAUCAAAAAUAACAGUGAAAUUAAACCAACAUUCAUACAGGAAAAUUUGUCAAAUGAUCAAGAAGCAAAAGAUUCAGAAGCAACUUUUUCAGAGGAGGCUGAAGAUUAAGAAGAUCUCCAAUCACUGUUAAAAAAAAAAAAAAAAAUGAAAUCCAAGCUGCCUCUAGUAAGAAAAUUUCAAGACAAAACUGAUUGGGACAUUCCAGUGCUUGUUAACAUAGAUGAUAUACAUAUUGUUAAGACCAUUGGGAAGAUGUCAAAUAAAGAAGGAUGUCAGUUUUUUUGCAUAAUGUCUGAAGCACUUGUAAAGCCUUUAAUCUGUUCAACAUAUGGAUUAGACAUAAGGGCUAUUUAUAUAAUCCAAAACUUGAUUGUUUAAGAGCAUUUCACAUGCGGACUAGAAAGAUGUUUAAGAUUAUAUGGGUAAAGCUACCAACAUGGAAAUCAGAAAGACAAAUUGUCUAGAAUGCAGGAAAACAGAUAUUUUGAAAGUCAGAGGUGCAGAUGUAAAUGAAAAGUAUUUUUACCACGUUGCUUGUCACAAUGUACUUCAGAGAGGGAAGAUAGCAGCAAAGAAGGGUAAAAUAAUUAAUGUGGAAAGAAACCAUCAUGAAAUUGACAGGAAUGAGUUAGAGAAGACAAAUAUUAACGAGAUUUAAAAAAAAGAGAGAAAGAAAGAAAGAAACAAGACAGCUGGCAAGUUGUACCAUUCAGCUCUUCACAGGACAGAACACAAUAUGAAAUUACAAUUCGAUAAAUUUUACUCAGUUAUUUUUGUGUGACAUUAAGGGUUUCUUUAAGUUAUUUCAGCAAGCACCGGUCUUAGACAGAGUAUGUGUUUAUCAAAUAAAACAGCUCAACUUUUGGAGACACUCUGACAUGUUUUGUUUUUUGUUUUGUUUUUUCUUUUGGGGAUAACUUCUUACCCAAUUCCAUCCAGUGUACUCGACACUGUCUUUGUAGUGCAAUGGCUCAACAUUUCAUUACCUAGUAUAUAGUUGUUUAGCUAAAACAGAAAACUUGGAAUGAAACUAAACUUUGCUAACUUGACAAAUUAUCUUGUAAUAGCAUGUCAUUUUAGGUUACCUUGUCUCAAACAACCAGAUCGCACUGUCCAACUUUACUGGUUUCCGCAAAUAGCAAGUUAAAAGUUAAAAGACAAGGUACAGAAUCGCUAACUACAAGCUAACCAUCUACAUUCCAGAAUCUAGAGAGUGAAAUAUAUGUAAAUUAUCUUCAACCAAAACAUUUAAGAGCUGUUGAGUCACAUUCCUCUGGUUAAUGAUCAUCAUCACCUGAUCAUAAAAUCAGGUUUGGCCAAUCAUAGCAACACAGCUAUCAUAAACUAAUAAUUGUCUUAAGGAUUAUGUAUCAAUGACAAAAAUAAGCACCAUGUAAAAUAUGAGAUUACAAAUGGUCUAAAUAAACUGAUAACAAUAGAUUGUUGUCAAAUCUUGCCAUUUCAAGAUAAAAUAUGGACUAAAAAUGAAUUAAUGUUUUUAAAGGUGAACUUUUCUGGUGGGGGUUGCCACCUAUUAGUCUCCAUAGAGAUGUUGAUUGCUCUGAAGCAGGCCAAAUUACUUGUCAGAUCAGUGGAGAGACAACCCACUCAUAAUGCCAGGUUUUAGAGGUAUUUUGAGCAAUAGAAAUAUGGAUAAGGAAACAUGCUAGCUGGAUCACUUUAAGGCCAUACUAUACUAUUCAAUGCCAUCCAAGAAAAGCACCCCCCCCCCCCCUCCCUUCCCACCACUAUAGUUCCCCCAGUAUACAUAAACUACUGGAAUUCUACUGGCAGUGCUAGAGUUCAAUAUUUUUUACUUAUGUCUUUUCACAGUUGCCUUGCAAGUUUCAUGUUUGUAGUAAUAAGAACUUACUGUUCUCUACCACUUGUAUGUUUAAUGCACAUACUGCAUAGGGGCUGUGUGUAUAGCUUAACAGUACACUAUAUAUCUUCGUGUUUUCAAUAGUUCAAGCAAAGCAUUAAAAGAACAGCGGCUUGGGUUUCUCAUUUUGCAAACUUGACAGGACAUGUUGAUCAGUUUAAAGAUAAGCCUAUAGAUGUAUGAGUGUCUCUGCAAUUUAGCUGCACAGCAGAUCCAAUGUUUCAUACUUUUCUUAAGGGGAGAUUUGGGAGAUUUCCACCCAUACAUGUGACGUUAUUAAGACAAAAUGUAAAUAUUGAAUGUAUUUUAGUGUUUUUAUACAAUGUGUUAAAUUUGAUGCUUUAAACAUGAAUGUAUUGAACUAUAGUUGGUGUUUGGUGAUGCAGUUUUAGGACUUAAAUCUCUUUCAUUAUUUUGUGGUUCAUUGUCAAUGUUUUUUUGUUGAAAUUCAAUGAGCUGGAUAAUGCUUUUAUACGUCAUUUUAAACCAUUCAAAUCCCAGACAGCAUUGCAUGUUUUAAGGUUAAGGCUUGCUAGGCUAACAUUAACCAUAGGUGUUAAAGUCAAUUGUAUAUAACACAGCCCAUCUAUAUAAUCACUGCUGAUCAGUACUUUCUCUUAAUUUUUUGGAAUGUUAAAGUCAGACUGCAGAACAUGUCAUCCCAUAAAUAGACAAGCAUAUAUUUUAUUAAGGAGGUUUACAUUGUUGAAAAAUAUCUUAAUAAACAUGCUACCUUGCUGUAAGUAGGCUUGCCACUGCACAGAUCUGACUUGUAAUUUGGUCGGGCCACAAUAUUAUCUCCGAGGGAUUUAAGGCACUACUAAUAUGUUCUGUGUUCUUCUAUACUUCAUGUUUGUUGCACUAGGAAAGAAGGGGUUCCGCAGUGUGGCUUUAAAUAUAUGUUAAAUGAAAUAACUACAUAAAACACUUAAUUGCAACAGUCAUUUCCCAUGAAUGCAUAUAUCAAAUGCUAAACAAACCUGUCAUUGAACCACUGUGACAAGCCAAAAAAUAACUUCAAAGGAACCAAGGUGUGUCAAGGUGGGACCCGCAUGUAUCUAAUAACUGAAGUGUUUAAUGGGUAUUUAUCAUGUAUUUUCUGUUUAGUAAGAACUGACAGUGACUAAUUGGAUGUUUUUACUGUGAAUAGUAUAGUGAGGUUGUUUGGAUUGCCUUAGUACAAUCACGUAAAGUGGAAUCAAUUUUAUGAGUAAUCAAACAUAUGUAAUUGUUUGGGAAUUUUUUUGUUCAAAAUGUCAAU